AUGUCUUUUUUUGGAUUCGAACAAAGUGACCUAGAAAAAGAAAAACAGCGCUUCCUUGAAGGAGGCAUCCAGGACACGGAAAAUUUAGCUGUCUUCACUUGGGGAGAAGAGAGCUACGAUGGGCUAGGUGAUGCCCUACAAGAAGGUGGCGAUGACCUAAAUGAUGAGACCUUUGGCAGUACUGGUGCCGUUGGCAAGGACUUCGAUUUUUCGAACACAGGCGGCUUGCAUGAUUCUGUUGCGUUGCCUGGGUAUCCAGAAAGUUCAAAGGACCCAUUGAAUCAAGAGAAUCCUGUAUUUCAAACCAAACAAACUGUUCCUGCUGUUCAGGUUCAAUCAUCCUUGAAAUCAAUUCCUUCACGCUCAUUGGAGUCUCUGUGGGAUGACAAGUCUCCGUUCUCUGUUCUUCCUCGUAAUAAUGGUACUGCUCGGUCAACUUCAUCUUCCUCUCCAUUUGCUUCGCAGCCAACAGCAAGAGGCCUCCAGACCUUAUCUCACGGAGUUUCACAGCCUGGCGUACGCACCUUGGCCGAAAUAGAGGCUGAGAUGCGUGCUGCCACUCAGCAAUCCAGAGAGGUCACCGUGCAUCGGGAGAAACUGCUUCGCAGACAACAGGAAGAAGAAUACUUACGAGAACAAGAGCUUCUUCGGCAACAACAAGAGGAGGACGAAUACCUGCGCCAAGAGCAGGAACAGCAACGGCAACGCUAUCUGUACCAACAGGAGCAACUGCAAAUACAACGUCUGCAACAGCAGAGGGAGCUCCUGCAGCAGGCACAGAGCACACCUCCUCCACGCAUGCUUCCUGUGUCACAAUCUCCCCGAUUCCUCGAACACCAGAGACAGAUUCUCUUGCUGCAGCAGCAACAAGAACAGCAGCAGAUCCUUCGACUCCAGGAACUGCAAGAGCAAUUACGCAUGGAAAGCUUGGAGCGACAAUUGCGCGCACAACAAUUGAAUAAUCUCGGGACUCACCACCGUCAAUUGUCAGGUCGGAGUAUAUCCCCUCAACUCCAGCACCAGCGUCGUCAACGAUCGCGUUCCCCUCCCGGGACUAUCCCAUUGCAAGAUAAUCUUUCUUAUCAUCCCCAAAAUAUCCAACUUCAGCAACGGCUUCUGUCUGAGAUGGCCCAGGUCGAAUUUUUGCGUGAUAUGCAAGGAUCAAACUCUGUGGAGCAAGAAGCUUUGCGUAUGGAGGCUAUGCGCAAGAUAGUCGAGGCAGAGAAGUUGGAAGAGAAGCGGCGAAGACGUGCUGCCAAGAUUGCUCAUAUGUCUAGAUACAACGACCUUAUGACCCAAUCGGAUAAAGACUUCAUCACUCGGAUCCAAGUUUCUCAACUAGUCACUCAGGAUCCUUAUGCUGAUGACUUUUACGCCCAAGCUUAUGGUGCCAUCAUUCGUUCACGGAUGGGUAUUCACUCUCAGGACGAACGAGUGUUGAAAUUCGGGUCCAGCGGAGGUAUAGGCUUGGGUAUCGCCCCCAAGGGAGGUCAUCGAAGGCAGAGCGCCAUGCAGAAGAUGGAGCAACAGGUGGAACGAAUUGUUAGCAAUGCUCGACGCCGCGAGGAAGAGAAGGGUUUACACUCACUCCAUAGCCUGCAGGGCGCUUUAGGAAAGACUUCUGGACGAAGUUACAAAGCUGCUCCUCGCCAACUUCUCCAAGUAGAUUCUGGCAGCGCGUCUUCGUCACCUACGUUGUCUCAUGCCCAUGCGCAUAUCUCCAAGCAAGAUUCAAUCGAUGCCAAAAACAAAGGUAAGGAAGAGGCUGCCGCCGAAGCUGCGAAAUUGGGGCGAGAAGCACUGGGAAACGCCGCUGAUACCUCAUCAGACCUCAUCCGGAAGGACCCGUUGAGUAGAAGAGAGAUUCUGACGUGUCUGGAAGAUCUGCAUGAUUUGGUACUGAAGGCGGAGCAACUCAAGCAGGAAGAGCCCUUACCUGAAGAAACGCAAUUCUAUUCUGAGUGGGAAUACGAGUAUUCGGGGGUAGUAGACCAAAUGUGGAACCAGCUGAAAGUGAUGGCACCUAUCGCCACAAGUGACCCACACCCGUUCAUGUCCCUCUUGAGUGUGGCCAAAGGCAAGCGGGUCCUCUCCCGCUUGGCGCGUCACUUCGACAAUCAGCAGAUGCUUACGAUGUUGACUCUUCUCAUUGCAUGCUUCAAUCAACUAGAUGUCUUCAAACAAGCACCACUGUUGGACACCCUUGAGGAUACACCAGAACGCGUAGAAGUAGAGCGACAGACGAACGCCUUCCUGAGCAACGUGCUGCAUAGCAUCGUUUCUGUUAUUAGCAAUGGUAGCUUGCGGCUUGUCACGGGCCUUCUUGGAUUACUAUUGGAUCGGAAUAAUGUUUCGGAAGUUGCACAGACACAACCUGGCCUUUCGCUCCUGACACUGUUUCUCACACGAGUCGAAGUCAUUAAAGAAGGUGCGGCUGUCCUAGAGACCGAGUUACCAACCGUAGAAGACGCAAAUCAAUGGCAGCUCAUGUUCGACCACAUGUUUGAGCAACUCACUCCAGAUUUUCCCCUGCUUUUCCCUUCUUCAAGAAUCGUCGCUCGUGGGUUUCAUCUUAAUCAGGCGACUAUCGCCGUAGACAUCAUUGAUAGGCCAGUCUGGCAAUUCCUCGCCGCUUUGGCCCUUCAUGCGCUUCCGGAACAGCAGCCGAUCUUGGUACAUUCACUGCGUGAGAAGGUUCUCGAAAACGUCGUCGGUGCGAAGAAGGGCUGGGUAUCAGACGAGCAAGAAAGGCGGGCAAAACUACAUAAUGUUGAUCUCUUUUUGUCCGCCCUUGGUUUGAGUAGUUCGCAGAUUGAUUUGUAG